AUGCGACCACUAUUGUGCCGUCAAAGAUCACCGCCGUCUCGGAAUAUGGCGCCAUCUCUGCCUUCUCCUAAAAGGGCGUCACCUUCGCCGUCUCCAACCACCGUCACACGUAGCCGGAGAUCCAAAACUCCGAGGAACGAGGCAUUGAAUCCGAGUUUCGCUGAUCUUCCAUCAUGCCUCAUAGAAAUAAUAAUGUUUCAUCUUACGUUAAAAGACAACAUCAUUGCAUCCACUGCUUGCAAGUCAUUCCGUGAAGCGGCAGAAUCUGUUCGUGUAGUGGGAAAGCAUCCUUGGCUUUUGUGUUUUCCUAAACAUGGCAAAUCGUUUGAACUUCGCGAUCCGUUGCAAUGCUCGUGUUACACUUUGAAUAUACCAGAGCUAGCUAACUCCACAGUGUGUUACGUAAGAGAAGGCUGGUUACUUAUGCGUAAAUACAAAUCAAAUGACAUGUUCUUCUUCAACCCUUUUUCCAAGGAGCUCAUAAGCUUGCUCAACUGUGAGAUGUCUUUUGACGAGGUUGCAUUCUCUUGUCCUCCUACAUCCGAUAAUUGUGUUGUGGUAGCGUUAAAGUUCUUUAGCAUGACUCAUGUUGUCAUUAUCACCACUUGCCAUCCUCAUGUAGCAGCUGAGUGGAUUACUAAGGAGUUCUCAACAAGUUUUGAUCGACGCAACAAGUAUAGCCAGCUUGUUUAUCUUAAUGAUCGUUUCUAUUGUUUUAACGAUGGAGGCAGGCCUAGAAGUAGAAAAGUUUACUUGGCAGAGAAGAAAGGAGAGCUCUUUGUCUUGUUUACAUGCGGAAACGAGGAGGAGGAGCCAUUGGUCUAUAAACUAGUUUCUUUGACAUGGCAAGAGAUGAGUAGUAGUAAGACGACUUAUGACUUGAAAAUCUUUAUCAGUUUUUACAACUCGGAGUUGAGAACUAAUCUCCCGACGAGUAACAAUGUGUAUCGCUCAAUGGAUGGCUACGAUGGCAAGCGUCGUGUAUCGAUCCACAGGUCUUAUGAAUUUGGGUGUAUGGACCUGCUAAAAAUUUGUCCUCCUGGUAGCCUUUGGAUCGAUCCACCGAAGGACGUUUUAGACUUCAUGUCUUUUUGUGAGAGCUUUGCAUGA